CUGAAUGGAGGGUGUUUUGACAAGGCGAUCCUCGCUCACCUCCUGAUAGAUGCAAUCAUCUUUCAGUACGUCAUGAAACACGCCUUCACUGAGGAGGAACUUGCUGAAAUGAGGACCUUCAUGGAGAAGGUAGCUGAUGGGAAGAUGGGAGCCAGACACACAGCACCAAUAGUUGCAGUGUUUGAACAGAGAUUUGAAGAAACUUUCAAAAGACUCGCCAAGGGAGGAAGAACGCCUGCACUCUGGGUGCAGUACCACUACAUGGUCGAUGUCCUCAAGAUCUUCAUCAAAACUGAACGGCUUGCAGACCACGACGGGCACCUGUCCUGCAUUGUUACCAGGAUGCUGGACACCUUUGCAGCUGCGGGGCAUCAUCAAUACCCCAAGGGCGCACGGCUGUAUUGUCAGCUGAUAAAGCAACUCGAAACUUCGCCUGGAUACAAGGAGACCUUAGAAAGUUUCACUGCCCAUGGGAACCACGUUGUUCAUUACUCUUGCCAUGAUUGGUCUGGCACCUGGUGUGACAUCUGUAUCGAGCAGAGACUGAUGAAGGCGGCCAAGUCAGAAGGUGGGUUGAGCAGAGGGAGGAUGAGGAAUAGUGAUUCUGGCCACAAGUGCUGGGUGCAAACCCUCAACCACUUCUUGGAUGUCAACCAGCGCAUGAAGGAAGGUGUCAAGAAACAUGGUCCACUCCACAAAGACCUUGCCAAAACACGGAUGAAGCGAGAUGCUGAAGCGAUUGGACUUGCCCUCAAAUGGGUCGAGGAGAACAACCCCUUCGACCCUGACCGAGACAAGCAGUUGCUUGUGUCCUUUUCAACAGGAUUCACGAGCACUGCAGAUAAUGCAGUCAACGCUGAGAGAGCGGUUGAAGUAGGGAGGGAGAUGCAGAUAAAACUGGACGGACAGUCAGUGACAUCGACCAUGGAGGUGAAGUUCAAGGUACAGGCCCUGUCAUCGCUCAGAAAGCUUCCCAAGGUCAAUGAGAAGAAGAUUCACCUAAACUCACUCAAGUUGUUCAACCGACUGAUAAUU